AUGGUUUUGGCAAAGAUGCGGGAGAUUGCCGAGUCCUACCUUUGCUCAAAGAUUUCAGCAAAAAAUGCAGUUAUCACUGUCCCCUCUUACUUCAACGACUCACAGCGCCAGGCUACAAUAGAGGCUGGCAAACUUGCGGGCUUAAAUGUGCUGCGUAUUAUCAACGAACCAACUGCUGCAGCCAUAGCUUAUGGAAUCGACAAGAAGGCCGGCCAUGGUGUGUUUGACGUGAAGGCCACUGCCGGAGAUACUCACCUUGGCGGUGAAGACUUGGAUAACAGAAUGGUGAACUACUGCGUCGAAGAAUUCAAGACAAAACAGAACGUGGACAUUGGUGGAGACGCCAAAGCUCUUCGGAAGGCCAAAACUGCGUGUGAGAAAGCAAAGAAGGCACUUUCGUUUUCCUUUGACACUGAUAUUGAAAUUGACUCUUGGUAUAAGGGUGAAGAUUUUCAUACAACUUUUACCCGCGACAAGUUCGAAGACUGA